AUGGAUCCCUCCCUCGUCAAAAUCCCUCCCUUGCGGGACCUCACAAUCGAUAAUAUCACCGAGAACGUGAUCCUGAUCAACUCGCUGUGCGAGGAUGCGCGCAUGAAAUAUGUGCUGGAGCGAUUGGUCACGCAUCUCCAUGACUUUGCGCGCGAGACGCGGCUCAGUUUUGACGAGUGGAUGGCUGGGAUUCGGUUUUUGACGGAGACGGGCCAGAUAUGUACUGAUGUGCGGCAGGAAUUCAUCCUCCUCUCCGACGUCCUCGGCCUCUCGCUACUGGUCGACUCAAUCGAUCACCCCAAACCCCCCAACUCGACCGAAGGCACCGUCCUCGGCCCCUUCCACACGCACGAAGCACCACAAAUGUCGCACGGCGACUCCAUGUCCCAAGAUACCGCCGGCGAACCUCUACUAGUUGUCUGCAACAUCAAAGACCGCACCGGCCAUCCGAUCCCUGGCGUAAAAAUCGAUAUCUGGGAAACCGACUCCACGGGCCAUUACGACGUCCAACACGCCGAUAGGUCAGGUCCCGAUGGGCGAUGCGUAAUGCACUCCGAUGCAAAGGGCGAGUUCUGGUUCAAGGCUAUUAAACCAGUGCCAUACCCAAUACCGCAUGACGGGCCAGUUGGGAAAUUGUUGAAGAAGUUGCAUCGUCACCCUUACAGGCCAAGUCAUAUGCAUUUCAUGUUUGAGAAGGAGGGGUACGAUCAUUUGAUUACGUCGCUGUAUCUAAGGAAUGAUCCCUACGAGACCUCGGAUGCGGUCUUUGGGGUUAAGGAUACGCUUGUUGUUGAUCUGGGGGUCGUUGAUGCGACGAUUGCGGCCAAGUAUGGCGUUAAGGAGGGGACAUUGUUGAUGACUUAUGAUUUUGUGCUGGUUACGGAUGCCGAGACGAAGGCACUCAGGGAGCAUAAUUCGCAGGUUGCGUUGGAUAAGUUGGGGAGGAAGGUCAAGAUUGUGAAUGGGUUGCCCAUCCCUGAUUUGGAUUAA